GUGAUGCAGAUUGACUCCAAUGCUCUGCUUGACACAUUGGAAAAUUACCUCAGAAAACAUAGGUAAAUGUACAUAGAUGAUCUUUCUAACAUCUGUUGAUUUUUUGUACUGAGUUCCUUAAUGUCCAAGUGCCCUGAACCCUUUCACUCCCAAGAUGAAAAGAUCAAUUCUCUGCUCUGUACUUCAAACAUUUUUAACAAGUUUGGCUUUGAUAAUUUUUGUCAAUUAAAACAAUAUACCCAAGCUAAUCUUCUCCUUUCUUUCUCAUUACCUUUUUAUUUGAAUUUGUGUUAAUAUUGUAAGGAGAAAUUUCUUUUUGGUCACACUAGGUAGUACAUGUACAUGUGCAUGUUUUAUUUUACCAUGUAACUCCUAUAACUGACAUAUUGUAUGUAUAUAGUAUGGUAAUGCUGUUCUACUUUCAACCAGGAGACACAUGUGUACUGUGUUCAGACAAAAGCUGUUCACUUGAAGUUCAUCAUGAUUACUUAGCUCAUAAUGGAAAGGGAAGAAAGAGGAAGGGCAAAAGCAAGGGGAAGAAGGUAAACAUAUAAGCCUCCUAUCCACACCCCUUCACAAUGCUUGAUUAUAAUACAGUAAAUGGUUUGAACCAUGGGGUAACAUGUAAUAGUGUAGUUUGAUCAUCCAGGUGAGUGUAGUCCUAAGAAGGACUGUUGUGGGUAAUGGUGACUGACAUUUCAACAACCUGAGCGGAAGUCAUCAUCAGAUUCAAGUGAAAGGUUGUUGUGGAUUUGACUCUGAUGAUAACUUCCUCUCAGGUUGUCGAAACGUCGGUCAGCAUUACCGACAACAGUCCUUCUCAGGACUACACUCACCCAAACGAUCAAACUACACUAUUGAAUGCUUAAAUAAGUUAUCUCUUUUCACUACCAUGAGCCACCAAGACAGAAUUUCUCCUUACAAUAUCAAUACAAUCUCAAGUAGACAAGUGAUGAGAAUAAAGAAAAAUAUCAUUUGGGGGAUUGUAAGUUGAUCCAAUACCAAAUUCUCCAAACUAACAUCGCAAGAACUGUAUGGCAGACAGUUAGGAGAAUUACUAAUGAGAUCUUGGGAGUUAAAGGGUUAUUGUGCGGUAGUUUCAAUCGUCAUGCAAUCUUGUCACUCUAACCUAGGCGGUCACGCUUUUUACCGUGUUAAGCUUACGUGACUGAAGAUGUUCAAAUGUAAUUUUGCAAAUCGUUACGUUGUUCUUCCUCACUGUUAAGUCAGUGAAAGUAUUCGCUCAUUCAUUAACUCAUUCAUUCAUUCAUUCUAGUGUUCAAUAAUGUUUUUAUAUAUCUCUUUAGCAAAAUUCGCCGAGACAUGAUAAGCAAGAAAAGCUUGUAGAAAAUAUUGAUGACGAAGAAAAACGGCUCCUGAAGCUAAUGGGUUGGAAGGAUGGAGGAACAGAGUCAAUGGUGAGUUAUUUUUAACUAUACUUCCGUCGUUCUAUGGCGAUUUAGGUUUUCCCUGGGAUCCGAUAACCCCAAGGGUAGAAUAUCCCCUGAUCUCAAACUUCCUGUUGCGUCACGAUUUGUGCUUCUUGAAAAAGUAAGCUUAAGUUUAGAUAGUCUUUCUUAAUUUUUAUGUACAAUCUGCUUAAGUCUUCUCCAUCCUUAGCUAUCUUUACUUCCUCCUAGUUUAUCUUUAACAUAUCUUCGUUUGUCUUUAUUAUCGUGUUAGUAUUUUGUAUUCUCCGUCACGUUGAACAUAAUUCUGUGCACCACUGACCAGUUGCGACUGGUCACGCGAUCAUAAAUUGAUGCGUGACUGAGGAUAUGUCACACAAAUAUAUUGGGAUCGUGACCAACAGGAUGCCUUUCUCCGGAUUGAUAUACUAUCGAUUAACCUUAGUCGUCGUUCUUCAUUUUACAUCGUAGGAGUGUUUUUCGUCGGAGGAAGAUCUCUGUAUAUCCGAGCAGGAAAUUCUACGGUUCAAAGCGAACCAAUCGUCAGUGUCACAGCAGCAACGGAAGCUUCGAGAGAAACUUCGCCAACAAUUUAACAAUAUGACGCUUAAGGAGGGUCUCAACGUCGCUAUUGUUCAUUAG